UUCUUCCUCUGCAAUCGUUACACUUGAGAUCUGGUUUUAUUAGUUAUUACACAAAUUUAAGAUCUCUUAAAAAUAUCCCACUUGAGAUAAACAAUAAAUAACAAAGCCUUUAUUACAAAUACUCAUGCAAAAACACAAAUAAAUAAUAAAAAACAUUGCAUUAACUUCUCACCCGCUGGUUCCACCUGCUGCGAGAGCUCCUAGCAGAGGAAAGAAACGGAAGGUUUUGAGUGUACUGUGCAGCGCACGGUGCUUCUCUCAUUUCUUAUCCUACGCCUCUCCGUCUUUCUUAUCCUGCACCUCUCCGCCUUGUUCCUGUGUCUCAUGGACGCUUCUUCUCCAAGCAAAAAAAAUAUCUAUUGUCGUUGUUUCUCAGAAUAGAUUCUAGAGUUCCCGCAUUGAAUAAUCGCGUUUGCGUUUCGCCAAUUAGCGUUUUCCCGAAAUGCUUUGGAUCACGAGACUCUCUGCAUUCUUCUCCGCCGCGAUGGCGGUGAUCGUCUUAUCUCCGUCGCUGCAAUCCUUCCCUCCCGCGGCGGCGAUCCAUUCCUCCGAUCGUAGCUUAAUCUCAUCCUUCAGAAACUCCCCUCCCUUUCGCAACGCCGCCGACGAAUGUCUCUCCUCCUCCGCCGCAGACUCCAACGUCUGCAACCCCUCCUUAGUCCACGUGGCGAUCACACUCGACGUAACUUACCUCCGCGGCUCAAUCGCAGCCGUCAAUUCAAUCCUCCAACACUCCUUAUGCCCCGAGAGCGUCUUCUUCCACUUCAUCGUCUCCUCCGAGACAAACCUGGAGUCUCUCGUGAGAUCGACGUUUCAAGAAUUAAAAUUCAACGUUUACUAUUUUGCCCCUGAGACGGUCCGCGGCUUGAUCUCAUCCUCCGUGAGACAGGCACUCGAGCAGCCUUUGAACUACGCUAGAAACUACCUCGCGGAGCUUCUCGAGGGGUGUGUUAACCGGGUCAUAUACUUGGACUCGGAUCUUGUGGUGGUCGACGACAUCGUGAAGCUCUGGAAAACGGGUUUGGGUUCGAGGGUUAUCGGAGCUCCAGAGUAUUGCCACGCGAAUUUCACUAAGUACUUCACGGGAGGGUUCUGGGCCGAGGAGAGAUUCUCGGGUACGUUUCGAGGGAGGAGGAGGGCUUGUUACUUCAACACGGGAGUGAUGGUGAUUGAUUUGAAGAAGUGGAGACGUGGAGCGUACACGAGACGGAUCGAGAAGUGGAUGGAGAUUCAGAGAACGGAGAGGAUCUACGAGCUGGGAUCGCUUCCGCCGUUUCUGCUUGUUUUCGCCGGACACGUGGCGCCGAUUUCGCAUAGGUGGAACCAGCAUGGGCUUGGUGGGGACAAUGUUAGAGGGAGUUGUCGGGAUUUGCAUCCUGGUCCGGUGAGUUUGCUUCAUUGGUCUGGUAGUGGGAAGCCGUGGUUAAGGCUUGACUCGAAACGGCCUUGUCCGUUAGAUGCUCUAUGGACGCCUUACGACUUGUAUCUACACACACAUUGACCAGCUGUGUGUGGUUGUCUUUUGCUCGUUUGAUUUUGAACACUUGUGAAGCUUAAUGCUUUUGUGGCUAUGGCAUCAUAGAAUCUUGCAGGGAAGCUAUAGAUUGAUUGCAAGAUUAAAGCGUCUCUUGUUUUUUAAUUGAUAAUAUACCGGUGGUUCUUCUGUCGGUGGAUGUAUGCACAGUGGUGCCACUAUGUAGGUUGUCUUCAUCAAAUGGCAGAUGAGUGGCUCUGUCUGAUGAAUGUUCAUCAGACCAAAAGGAAAACUCAUCCCACUUAUAUUGAGCAUUAUUGUUUAAAUUGUCUUUUUUCUUUUUGCAAUAUCAUAUGGUGCAUUUAAAUGAGAGAUGACUGUUUGGCGAUUUAAGAAGGACUUAAGCUUCUGAUAGAGAUAUUUUGUGCUUUGUUAGUGACUUAGUGUCAUAUCUUUGUUUAA